AUGCACCUCCUGUUCUCUGUUGUUCUCCUGGCCACUCUGGCCAGCGCCGACGUCUUCGAUGGACCCUACUACAUUGCGAACAAUAGGACUGGCCACGAAGCUGCGUGGGACGGCACCAGAGAGGGGGAUGCUGUCCAGUUCAAAGCGAGCCACCAGCCCUGGGAAUUCGAAGAGGUCAGCCACGGUCUUCACCCGUGGUAUGUUAUAACCGGCAAAUCCUCAUACACAUACCCUCCCUAUAACCCCGUCUGGACUCAGAUUGGUUUCCCCGAAUACAAGGACGGAGCGGUCGCGAGACUCCAGAGCAGCGUGGUGCCGAUUUUCGAAAUCACCAGUGUUGGUGAUGAACUCUACAAGAUUAUUUCAAAUGACUCGCCAACUCGGAAUCCAUCGGAGAAGUUAGCAUGGACGGUAGAACGUUUGAGCGCAGAAGAUCAGACUGAGGUUUUGAAAUUAAGACCUUAUAGGGGGACGCUGGACCAGCACUUCAACGUCAUCAAGGCGAUCUUCCCUCCCUAA